CACACACACACACACACUUUCUCUCUCUCUCUGACCCUUUCUGUGCCGCAUCAGCAUACCACUCGCCUUGAGAGGCAUCCGGCUACACCAUCUCGAUGUUGUGUCUUUGUCUUUAUCGGAUUGGAGAGCGAUGUACGUACCCGGCGUCCUCAUCGUGUUCCUGAUCGCCGUGUCGAUCUGGUUCCAGUGCGCCAGGAGCACCGACGACGUCAUGUACGGCAUCAACACGCUCCUAUUUGUCAUGUGCCUCGUCAUUGAUCUGAUGGUGCCCGGCAUCAUCACCGGCGUCGGUUGGUUCACCCCAGUCUUUUCCUCGCCCGCCGUCUUCAUGCCCGUCGGCGGUGGCCUCGUCUUCGCCUUUGCCGUUGACAACCGACGCGCACGCGGGUCUGCUACUAAAUCCUCGGGCUCGGCAUCGGGCAGGGUAUGCAGCUCGCGAGUCUGGCUGCUCAGGUGGUGCUGAACCAGAGGGAUUUUUUAACCGGCGUCUCGCACAUGUUCUUCGCCCAGUUCCUCGGCGGUUCUGCCGUCGUGUGCGUCGCUCAUGCUGCCGCUAACAGCGCUCUCCGGUUCCGUCUGAUGUGCUUCCACUUCAGAGCUCCUUAUAGUUUGGUCUCGCGGCGGCCUGUUUGGCGAUUCUGCCAUCUCUAAGGAUCGAGUGGAGGAAUGUGAAGGGCAAAGAAUUUGUGUAAUAAACUAAGCAGACACAUAAGCACAAGCACACAUCAAUAUCAACCGGCGUACUUGAUCAAUUAACAGUCUAAACAACGUCCUUCUGGAGCGCCUGGGUGACUGGCGGGAUUGGUCUCGUCAUCCAGACUCUAACCGCGAGCU